UUUUUAAUAUCGAAUGGAUAUAUCGUAAUUUUAAAUUUGUAAUUUUAAAACGUCUCAAUGUAAAACCGUCGAGCCGUUGCCAGUUUCGAUGCAUACUUCACUCGAUGUUGUUUGUUUUGUUCUCGUCUGUAUUAAUCUAAGGGCAUUUGAAGGUUUAAGCUGCGUGGAUAGUAAACGUGAUCAUACGAGCGCCAUUUUCAGAGAGAAGAAGAAGAAGAGUAGUAAAUCUAGUAUAGGAUUGUAGAGAUUUGUGCCAAUUUGUGUGUGGUACGUGUUUAUCAUUUCAUGUUCAGUAUUCUAAAUGGAUGCGAUAAGUAAUAUGUGUGUGUGUGUGUGUGUGUGUGUGUGCAUUUUUAUUUACUUUAAUAUUUGUAGGUUUUACUCGUAAACAUGGAAUCAGGAUAUAUAAUAAGGAAUAACGCAAGGAUUACUGCGAAGGAUAUGCCAAAUUCAAGUGUAUCAUCAGAAUGCAUUUGUUAUAGACCACAUUCUCACAUUAUAUGCAACGGUUGUGGAUUUUGGACUAGAGGAAGAGUAAGAUAUUGUUGUCCCCAACAUCCUAAGAUUGUUUUUCUACAUGAUCAUGUUCAAUGUCCACGCUGUAGGAGCUAUGAUUUUAUGCUUAAAGAGAUCUAAAAUAAACUUGACUAUUUUUGUCAAACGAAUUAAAGUUAAGACAAAUUAGACAAGUUAUAAACAUAAGUAAGAUAAUUAAGUUAAAAGUUGAUAAAUAAUUCAUUUAAAUGAAGCUUAUAAUUUUACUAUAUUGAGUGAGUUAGUGAAUGAAUAAAAAUAUAUGAAUAAAUAUUGUAAGGUGUAAUAGUAUGGAACGAUGAUUUGUUUGGAAAAGACUGAGAUAUUUUCAUAUAUCUACAACAGGUGAUAUUGAAAGAUGCUUGUGCAUUUAUAUGCAUUUAUACACGUGCGUGUUUAAAGUCAGAACUGUAAAAAUGUUUAAUAUCUGUUUAAUAUAUGUGGGAGUCAAGAAUGUCUUUAUUUUUUAUCUGUAUCUUUCACAGUACAUUAUCAGAAUAUUAGUAUAUUGUUACAAAUUGUAACAUUGCAAGAAAGUAUCAGUAUUAUUCUAAAU